AUGGGUGACGAAGAAUCGAAGAAAUGGGUAUUGAUGGUAACAGCCCAGGCGCCAACCAAUAUGUCAGUGAUAAAGUACUGGGGAAAGAGGGACGAAACCUUGAUUUUACCCAUUAAUGACAGUAUCAGUGUCACUUUUGAUCCCCAACAUCUCUCCACUAUCACCACAGUCUCUGUUAGUCCUACUUUUCUUCAAGAUCGCUUGUGGCUUAAUGGCAAGGAGUUUUCUCUUUCUGGUGAUAAAUAUCAGAGGUGCUUAAAGGAAAUCCGGUCCUGCGCUGGUGAUGUUGAGGAUGAGAAAAAGGGUAUCAAAAUCACUAAAAAAGAUUGGGAGAAUCUGCAUCUGCAUAUUGCUUCUUACAACAAUUUCCCUACUGCUGCUGGUUUGGCUUCCUCGGCUUCCGGUUUUGCCUGCCUUGUUUUUGCCCUUGCAAAGCUAAUGAAUCUGAAAGAAGAUAAUGGAAAACUUUCUGCUAUAGCAAGGCAAGGUUCAGGUAGUGUGUGUCGCAGUUUGUAUGGUGGAGUUGUCAAGUGGUUCAUGGGAAAAAAUGACGAUGGAAGCGACAGCUUUGCUGUUCAACUUGCAGACGAGAAGCACUGGGAUGAUCUUCUUAUUGUUAUUCCAGUGGUAAGUUCUCGACAGAAGGAAACUAGUAGCACCAGAGGAAUGCGUGAGAGCGUUGAAACAAGUACGCUCAUACAGUAUCGAGCAAAGGAAGUAGUACCAAAACGCAUUGUUGAAAUGGAAGAAGCCAUAAAAAAUCGUGAUUUUCAAUCUUUUGCACGUUUGACAUGUGCUGAAAGUAAUCAGUUUCAUGCAGUCUGCCUAGAUACAAGUCCCCCUUUAUUCUACAUGAACGACACAUCCCAUAGGAUAAUUACUUGUGUCGAGAACUGGAAUCAUUCUGAAGGAUCACCCCAGGUAGCUUAUACUUGUGAUGCGGGGCCAAAUGUAGUUCUAUUUGCACAAAACAGAAAGGUUGCAGCCCUUUUGCUUCAGAGGCUGUUUUUCCACUUCCCUCCACAUCCAGAUACCGAUCUGAAGAGUUAUGUUAUUGGUGAUACGUCAAUAUUGCAAGAUGUCGGGAUUCAGGACAUGAAAGAUGUGGAAGCUUUGUCCCCACCUCCAGAAACUAAGGAUGACAUUGCCCAGAAAUACAAAGGGGAUGUCAGUUACUUCAUCUGCACAAGACCCGGAAAAGGUCCUGUUUUGCUGUCUGAUGAAGGCCAAGCUCUCCUUAACCCUGAAACCGGGUUGCCCUAAGUAACUCAAGAGGGCAAUGCCGUGGUUGAUGUUUUUAGUUGUUGUUGUGGUUGUUGUCGUUGUUUGUUUUCUCUUGUAUUUGUAAUUUAGUUUUUCCUGUUUUGUCUUGUCAAGGUUUAUUUAUGGUUUUUCUUCGGCACAAUGAGGAAUAAAGUAAUGAAGUGUUCUUGCAAA